AGGCUAACAGUGCUCUCAAAGCACACCAAUGAAUGAGCCAAUAGUUUGACACCAAAUGAGCCACUCUUAAAAUCAACGCUAAAUAUCGUCGACAAAAGUUUUUACACACAUUUUGUCGUCACUUCUUCGAGAGAAAGAUUAACACAAAAAUCGCAAAUGGAUUCGCGUUUUCUCAUAGUUAUGCUGUGUCUGUGUUCACUCAUACUAAUCAACUCAGUUGACCAGGGUGAGUGUGUGUUCGAGAUGGCCUGUAUGGACAAGUGUCUGAAAGUGAGGCGCUGUAAGAAGUAUGGGUUGGUUUCGUUGGACACCGACUGCGACCGUCAGUGCAAGAAGAAGUGCUAUAAGGUGAAAGCCUGAGAAGACAGUCAUUGAUGGCAUUCGUAUCGUAUGAUUGAUCGACUCCUCUCUGUAUUCAAUUCUUCGCGUGUUUUGUAUUCAAUAUUUGUUUAAAACCAUCAAAACU